AUGAAAGCGAGUGACCUGGAAUGCAUGCGGCCUCCGGCUGUCUCUUCCACCGCUCGCCCUGAAACAGCCUCGAGGGACGCGCAGCCUUCCUCGUCUCCGCAGUCGCACCCUUCGCUCGCGAGCUCCGUUACGCCGUCUUCUCCGUCGGUUCCUGUCUCUUCUGUCUCCACUGCCGCUUUCGCCUCUUCCGCUUCCCGUUCCCCUGCCGAGCCGUCGGAACCGCCGCCUGGACGGGCUGCGGGCCAGCCCGACACCGACAGGGGACAGUCUCCGCCGACCGCCACGACGGCUAGUUGGGCUCCACCGUUCCGGCAGGGAAGCCUGGGGCCGACCCCAGCGGCGACGGCGGCGGCUGCGGCGGCGGCGGCUGUCUCUGCCGCGGCUGCCGCGACCGUCACGGCGACCCUCGCUGGAGGCUCUGACGCAGUUCUGAGUGCGGCGGAAGAUGUGAAGGACGGCGCCUCUGCCGCAGCCUCAGCAAUCAGCGCCGUUUUGUCCUCUGGAGACUUUGACGGAGAAGCCGAGAGAAGCGCAGGGGGACGAGGCAGGUCCGCCGACAUCGACGCGCGAGAACAGACAACACACACUACGCUCGCAGGCGAUGGAACGGACGAAAAGACCAUGAUCGCAUGCGUGCAGAGAUUGCUAGAAGAAGAGAGGCUCCAGGCGCUGGAGAAGGAAACACAGACCCCAGGACGAGAACGCGAAGCGAAUGCGCGGGAGGGCAGGGCCGCGGAGGCCGCACCUGACCCACGAACGCCUGAGACCGACCAAAUUAUAAAAAUGUGUGAUUCCUAUUAUGAACGCGUCCUCGCCGCUCGGGAUGGAGACAAAGGUAGUGAUGGCUGUGCACCUUCCGCGUUUUCUUCUUCUGCUCUUGGGUCGUCUUUCGCCUCCGCCGUCAGCGUUACGUCUACCCUGUACUGGAGGCUUCUCCUACGCUGUGAGCUUUGCGGCGAAGUCGUCGCCAUGCACAAAUACGAUGCCCAUCGUCGCUCGUCGUGUGCCUUCCGGCGAUGUCGGUUCUUCCCGUUCGGGUGCGAGUUCGUCGCCAAGGUCGAGGAACCCUGUUCAGCCGCUACUUCCUCGUGCGUCUCGCCACUCCCUGCCUCGGCCCCGUCCUCUUUGUUUGCGUCCUCGGUCGCCCCUGCCACAGCUCCAUCUUCCUCUUCGUCUUCUCCGUCUUCGUCUGCGCAGCGUUCUUCGCGAAAUGCCUUGCAGCUGCGAGUCCACGAACACCGCUGUCCCUACCGCCUGGUCAAGUGUCCCUGCUGCUGGAAGUACUGCACGGAGCGAAGCAGCUCGGUCGUUCUCCCGCUCGCCCGACUAGCCACGUUGCGCGCUUCUCGCCCAGGCUCGCGGCAGCCACUGCCGAAAGGGCCUUCGCUGCCCGUGUCUACGUCAGCCGCGGAGAGCGAGCGCGGCGCGGCUGUGCCCCAUCUGGCGAGCGUGGACUCUGAGGAGGAAGACGUGCGAGCGGACGCUGGCGAAGACGCUGAGGGACGUGUCGUUUCCGCGGGUGCGCGGCUGGAUGAAGCGGAGAGCGCGAGAGCAAGCAGCGGGGACCCGGCAGAGCUGCAUGCGUCGAACCGCAACCGAAUCGACAGCAGUCUGGUCCCUGGGGAUCUCCCUCCUCGCGGCAGAGAGCUAGGAGACGCGCGCGACGACCGGGCGGGCGCGGAUUCCUCGGCGCCGUCCCAACAAGACCUUGUGCACCUCCUCAUUCUUCAACAACAGGAUCUUCCGAGGGAAGAGGAGGCAGACAGACUGUGGUUCUCGGUCCAGCGCGACUCCUCCUCGCUCUUCGCCUCGGCGGAAGUUGAAGAAGUCGACUUGGCCGACCCUGUCGGGCGCGUUGUCUUCGACGACUUGCAAGGGGCGAUGGACUACCUCUUGGACACAGAAGAAGAGAUUGAGAACCGCAUCGAGCGCUACGGGAUGGAGCCGAAAGCCUUCAUGCGAGAACAAGGCGGCCUCCUCGUUUGCUCCCCGGACUGCAUUGUGAAGGAGCCUCAGCGGCUGCGGGUCGAGUUGCACGAGUCUCUGGCGCUGUUAGGAGUCACGUGGGCCGUCGGCUUUCCUCUCGCGUUUCUCCUCGGCGCCGCGUCGUCCUUCUGGGGGCAAAAGGCGGCGGCGUUCAUGGACAUCGCGGUCCCCUACUUCUUCUCCAUCGUGUCCGGCUGGCUGACUGGCUUUCUCCGACAGCGCCCUGCCGCGGGGUUCUCUCUGCAGCACGAGUAA